AUGGAUCUGUUCAGUGGGCGGUUAUCUAUAUACAUUCUGACUUUCUUUUGUUGGAUACAAAUCAUAUCCGGCCAACAAUUGACCCCGGCGACAAACUCCUCCUGCCCCUCCAACUCAACCACCGUAUUGGUUUCCUCGCGUGCUGUCAUCUCCGGCCAGUCGACCCCUGCUACAGUUGUCAUUUGUCGUACGACUGGAAAGAUCACCGCCGUUUUUGAUUCCGUCCUCUCCGCUACUGACUUCCCCAAAGGUAUUUCAUAUACUGACUAUUCCCCUUAUGUUCUCCUUCCGGGGUUGAUCGAUACCCAUGUCCACCUCAACCAACCAGGCCGUACAGAAUGGGAGGGCUUUUAUACCGGUACCCAAGCCGCCGCUUUUGGGGGGGUCACCACGGUUGUGGACAUGCCCCUGAAUGCCAUCCCACCCACCACGACGGUUGCGAACCUGAAGGAAAAGGUUGCAGCAGCCCAGGGCAAAUGCUGGGUGGAUGUCGGCUUUUUUGGUGGUGUCAUUCCGGGCAAUUCUCAUGAACUUAAAGCCCUCGUCCAGGAAGGUGUUCGUGGCUUUAAAGGAUUCCUAAUUGAUAGUGGGGUCGACGAAUUCCCCGCCGUCGAUGCGGAAGAUAUCAAAAAGACCAUGGCCGAAUUGGCCCACGAACCCACGACGCUCAUGUUCCAUGCAGAAAAGGAACCUCACGAGGAGCCCUCUCUACCAACCGGACCCGUGGACGAGUACUGGACCUACCUGCAAUCUCGCCCCUCGACCUACGAGACCCGCGCCAUAGCAGAAGUCUUAUCCCUGGCCCAUCUGGCCCCCAACCUCGCCCUGCACAUCGUCCACCUAUCCGCCAUGGAAGCCAUCCCGAUGUUGCGCGAAGCCCGCGCACAAGGCGUGCCCAUAACUGCAGAGACCUGCUUCCAUUAUCUCUCCCUAGCCGCCGAACAGAUCCGCGCCGGCGACACCAGGUACAAAUGUAGCCCGCCCAUCCGCUCCCAAGAGAACCAAGAUGCCCUGUGGGCCGAACUACUGCGAUACCCCGACGACGGCGUGAUCCAGACCGUCGUCUCGGACCAUUCGCCCUGUACGCCGGACCUGAAGCUCCUCCCGGAGCACAUCCCCCCGCACACGGAGGAUGCGCCAUCCCACAACGGCAGUUUCCUUACUGCCUGGGGAGGCGUCUCUUCCGUUGGUAUGGGACUCCCGAUCCUGUGGACCGAGUUCAGCCGCCGGAGUAACCUAUCCUCUGCGCCUGAGGGCGAGGAUGGGAAGCGUGCCCUCGAGGAUAUCGUCCGACUCACCUCUAUGAACACCGCCGCCCAGGUUGGGUUGGAGAAGCAGAAGGGUGACCUGGCUGUCGGAAUGGACGCGGAUAUCUGCGUCUUCGACGACAAGGCUGAGUGGGUAGUUGAGCCGUCUACCAUGCUGUUCCGGAAUAAGGUCUCGCCUUAUCAGGGCCAGAAGCUGAGGGGUGUUGUGCGGGAGACUUGGCUCCGGGGGGAGCGGAUAUUCACCCGCGCUGCUGGAUUCAGUGAUAACAAGCCGUCGGGCAAGCUUCUGCUGGAGAAACGGGAGAAAUAG